AUGCCCUCGGAGUCUUUGAGUUCACUAGAGUCGAUGUCGGACAGUUGCUCAUCAACUUCAAAUGAGAGUCUAUCAGACGAUUCGAAGAUACCAAAGCCCCCUGGUGAACCAGACUGGAACCCAAGGGCAUAUGCUAAGUUCAAGCGCCAGAAACUUAUGCAAAAUCUCAUUGAAGAACAUCUCAAUACGACUAAGUGUGCCUCUUCCCAAGACCAUGCACUCCUGAGAGUUGUGUGUGACAAAGCUGUCGAUGCUUUUCCGGACUUGGAAAACUAUGAGGGCUUUUGGCCGCUAAAUGAUAUGAUCAUGAUACGUUUGAAAUAUACAUCAGGCCGUGCUAGGCAGAAGAAGGCAAGGAUGGUCGUGGGCAAGUCCAAGACCAAGAAAAAUACAUCGAAAGUAUCUAAUCUACAGUAG